GCAUGUAAAAUGCGAAAAAACAAUUUCUAAAUGGCAACCAUUAAUGAAAAGAUAAAAAUUCUUGUAUUAGGUGAUUCUGGAGUGGGAAAAUCAUCAUUAGUUCAUCUGAUAUGUCAUUCCGAAACACUUGAACGAACUCGGUGGACAAUUGGCUGUUCGAUCGAUGUUAAACUUCAUCGUUAUAAAGAAGGUUCACCGCAGGAGAAAAAUUGUUUCAUCGAAUUUUGGGAUGUUGGUGGUUCACGUAGUCAUAGUAUUGCACGGAAAAUAUUUUUCUAUUCAUUUCAUGGUAUUAUACUUGUACAAGAUUUAACUAAUCGUAAAUCGGAAAAAAAUCUAAAAAAUUGGCUUGGACAAGCACUUUGUGGUAAUAAUGAUAAUGAACGUUAUUAUGGUAAUAGUUUAUCACAAGCCUUAUUUCCCGUAUCGGAUGAUAAUGAUUUUGAAUAUGAUAGUAAAUCAUUUUCCGGUUUGAAUAUUCCGAUUUUGAUUGCAGCAACGAAACAAGAUCUUGUUUCAUCAAAUAUUCAAUCCAAAACAGAUCUUAUUGAUCUUUUACAUUGUGAUUCUAUACAUUUAAAUUGUCGUAAUUCGAAAAGUUUGUCACCAGGUACAACUAAUGCUGUAAAAUUAAGUCGAUUUUUAGAUUUGGUUUGUGAUAAACGAUUAUCAUCAUUUUCACAUCAAUCACCAUUAUUAUCAUCACCAUCAUCAUCGCCAUUUGCAAUGAAUUCUAGUGAUAAAAAUAUCUUUCAAAGACAAAAUUCUUCCACACCAUCAUCAUCAUCAUCAUUUUAUUAUUUAAAUAAAAUGCAUUAA